UGUGGAGGGAACUUAACCCGGAAAUAGGUGUUGGCUGAAGAAGAAGGUGAAUAAUAACAGGACGGACACCAGGAACUGAACUAAAACCAGGACCAGGUUUUGGACAUUUCAGUGAAGACAUCGGUCCGCGCAUUGUAGUUUAAAGUGUUUUUGAUUCCAUAAGUUACGAGCUCUGUUAGCCGCGAUCUGCUAACUGUCGGGUGAGGCGCGAGCUCAGGAAGUUUCUGCAGACGAGAGUGACACAGGAGGAGAAGAUGAGCGCGGGCAUGAACAGCAUCGAGGCGGUGAAGAAGAAGAUCAAGGUUCUGCAGGAGCAGGCUGAGGAGGCCGAGGAGCGUGCUGAGCGCCUGCAGAAGGAGGUGGAGAAGGAGAAGAGGAGCAGGGAGGAGGCGGAAGGGGAGGCGUCGUCUCUAAACCGGCGCUUGCAGCUCAAUGAGGAGAAUCUGGACCGGGCUCAGGAGCGACUGGCUACUGCCCUGCGUAAACUGGAUGAGGUGGAGAAGACUGCUGAUGAGAGUGAGAGAGGGAUGAAGGUGAUCGAGAACCGAGCUCUGAAAGAUGAGGAGAAGAUGGAGCUGCAGGAGGUGCAACUGAGGGAGGCCAAACUAAUCGCAGAGGAGGCCGACUGCAAAUAUGAGGAGGUGGCCCGUAAACUGGUGAUGGUGGAAGGCGAGCUGGAACGAGCCGAAGAGAGGGCAGAGCAGGCUGACAGAAAGUCUCGGCUGAUGGAGGAAGAGCUGAAAACCGUGUUUGCAGGAGCCAAGAGUCUGGAGGCGCAAGCUGACAAGUACUCCCACAAGGAGGACCGCUACGAGGAGGAGAUCAAGAAACUGAGCAACAAACUCAAGGAGGCGGAGACCAGAGCUGAGUUCGCUGAGCGCACUGUGGCCAAACUGGAGAAACGGGUCGAUGGGUUGGAAGAUGCUCUGACUGCAGCCAGAAACGCCAACAUGGAGCUUCAGGCCACACUGAAUCAGACCAUGGAGGAGCUGAACUCCUGCUGAAGCUCCUCUCACUGCACCACCUGAUAUCAUGGCUGCCGGGAAGCUCUGCUGCUGAACCUCCUGCUGAAUCUUCUCCUCUUCCUACUUCAACCUCCUCAUCCAGUGGGCAGGAGGAGGUCAGGAGCGUGACCUCCUAUUUCCUGAUGUCACACAUUCCUUCUGUUGUCAUUUUCCUCACUGCUCCUCUUUCACAAGAGGUACAUGUGACUAACAGUCAUCUUUUUUUUUUUUUUUUUUACCACUAAUCAACCACUAAUUUAGUGCUUUUGAAUAAUCGUUAGUUUUCUUUGAUGUGUGGUUGAUUAUAGCCAACGAUGAUCAACUCUGGGGGCGUGAUUUAAAAACGUUUAGCCUUUUGAGGCGUUCCUCUGCCAAAUAUGGUAACGCCAGGCAGAAGUUGGACAUGCCGCUUGUGAUGAUGUAAUGUUUUCCUGGUGAUGAUGUCAUCAAUGUGAUGAUGCCACUGCUUUUUGUAAAAACCCAAAGUGAAAGAGGAUUUUAUAAAAUAAAAGCACAGCUUGCAGACCCAAA